UUAAUGGGGUGUCUGCGGCUCCUGGAUUGGAUGAAUCCUCGGGAGAGGUUUCUGGGACUUUUGCAGAUACUAAUGCGGUUGCAAAGCAGGAAAAGGAUCAGCUUGAACUAAAUAUGAAGGAUUUAGAAGGAGAGAUUGAGCGUUUGAAGAUGAAAGAGAGAUCUCUAGUUGAAAAAAGAAGAACAGCACUUAAUAAGAUUCUAGACAUUAAAGGUUGCAUUCGAGUAUUUUGUCGUGUUAGGCCCUUUCUAUCUACAGAGAAGAGGACAUCUCUGCAACCGCUUUCAAUUGAACCGGAGAAAAUUGUAAUUAAAUAUGGUGGACAAAAGAAAGAAUUUGGAUUUGAUAAAGUCUUCCCUCAAGAAGCUAGCCAAGAAGAUGUAUUUGUUGAGGUUGAGCCAAUUCUCAGAUCUGCACUUGAUGGGCACAAUGUAUGUAUAUUAGCUUAUGGACAAACAGGCACAGGCAAGACAUAUACAAUGGAUGGAAAAAGUGAGUCACCUGGAAUUAUCCCUCGUGUUCUUAAAGCACUCUUCAAUAAGACAUCCUUAGAGAGCUGCACUUCCUUUGCAUUUUCCAUCAGCAUGGUGGAAGUUUAUUUAGGUAGUCUCAGGGAUUUGCUUGCUCCAAAACCAUCCUGCAGAUCUUAUGCUGUAUCAAAAUGCAAUCCCACUAUACAAAUAGAUUCAAAAGGAUCAGUUGAAAUUGAAGGUCUCACUGAGGUGCAAAUUUCAAAUUUCACAAAAGCAAGUUGGUGGUACAAUAAGGGGCGGCGUGUUAGGUCUACUUCAUGGACUAAUGUGAAUGAGGCAUCAAGCAGAUCGCACUGCUUAACAAGGAUCUCUAUACACCGCCUUGGGGAUACUUCAGGAGCCAAAGCUGCAGUAAGCAAAUUGUGGAUGGUUGAUCUUGGGGGCAGUGAGCGCUUACUGAAAACAGGAGCUACUGGACAAACACUUGAUGAGGGGAGGGCUAUCAAUCUUUCUCUUUCAGCCUUAGGAGAUGUCAUUGCCGCCCUUAGAAGAAAGAAAGGCCAUGUACCAUACAGAAACAGCAAAUUGACUCAAAUCCUGAGAGAUUCGCUAGGUGAUCGAUCAAAAGUCAUGAUGUUUGUGCAUGCGAGCCCACAUGAGGAGGAUGUCGGAGAGACAUCUUGUUCGUUUUCUUUUGCUAAGAGAGCAAGAGCAGUGGAGUGCAUUAGAGAACUUUCAAAUGAGCUGAAAAGGCAAAGAGAAAAAAAGAUUUCUGAACUUGAGGAUGAGAUGAACGAAGCUGAGGAGGAGUGUCAAAAAAUUCGAAAACUGAUUCUAAAGGUUGAGUAUCUGCUGCCUGAGAAUAAAAGUAUUUCUUUGGUGACUUGUCAAAAUCUUGAAGAAGAAGAAAAGAAUCCCACCAGCCCAAAAGAAUAUUUAGGUGAAGUGUCAGGGACCCCUAGAGUGUCUGCCAAAAUUAUUCGGAAUACUGUUGGAAAUUCAUUGCCUCGAUUCAUGAAUUCUACAGUUGCUAGUCGGCAAAGAAAGAGCACUGCAGAAAGAGAGAUGAUUAGCAAAACAAGAAGUGUUAGGUCAGAGACUCGAAGUUCAAUCCAAAUUUCAGGGUCACAGUCCAUCAGCUGUUCUGAUCCCCGAUUUAAAGGGCUUUUGCGGAAGGCAAACAAAAAGCCAAGAUAUGGAGAACCGAUUAGUUUGCUGAUGGAGGAUGCUAAAUGUGAGGGCCUAGAUUCAAAUUCGCCUGCCAUGACUCCAUGCACCACAAUUGCUUCUUCUGAUCCCUACUUGAAAGUUGGACUUAAUCAUCAUAGAAGAAGGAUGUCUGAUGUUAUAUAAUAGAAGAAGGAAAGUGUUAACUACUUUAGGUCCAAAAUAUGUGAUUUUUUCACUUUCAAGAUGGCUCUUACCGUUCUCCUAUUUUUCAAAGGAGCAGUGUGUUUCUUACACUUACAGGUUUUGGAUAAAGAUUUGGAAUUGUUUUCAGCUCGAGGGGAUCAUCGAAUUAUUUGUUCCCAUGAUCCUCACUCUGACAUGUUUUAUUUGGGAUUGAGGUCUUUGAAAUGUUCAC